ACUCAGGUAGUUUUCUACGUGAAGCUGGUUAAUGUGCAAAUCAUUAUCAAAACUCAAAUCUAAAUUUGUUUUCUUAAACUAAAUAAAAAAAAAUAUAUUGGUGUCAACAAUUUAUUACAAAGUUACAGAGAAAUAAAUACAUUUUAAACAACACAUGAGUUAAGAGGAAUAUUAAAACAAACAUUUUUUAUCUCAGAAAUCAAAAUUUCACAAGAAUCUAUAAAAAAAUACUUGCCAAUAAUGUAUUCCUCUGAUCAAAAUCAUCUUUAAAGUUUACUUUCACCUCUUAAACUUCAGAAAAAGCUUUGGGCACAAAUCAAAAUAGAAACCAGGAGUACCUAUGUUUAAGAAGAAAUGGAUUUUUGGCUUCCGAAAGACACCAAUAUGAACAAUCCCAUGGAAAUUCAUAACAGUGAUCAACUAGAGAACAAAAUGUAUACAAAUGACCAAAGAACAAGACUUGAAAAAAAGACUGCCCACAAUAGGAAUCCUGAAAGAAGUUGUCAAUGUAGUAAAGACAAGAACAACCGGCUGCCAAUAAUUUUUCAAAAUAAAAUGUAUGAUAUAGCUGAGGAAUCGUCUUAUAUAUGCGAGCAAAUUAGCAACUAUAAGGAUGUUGAAGCUACUAACAAUUUAAAAGAUCGCAUCAUCUUAAGAUGUAGUCCAAGAGUACAAAGACAUAUCGUUAACAAAGAAAAUUACAGGGAGUGUGACACCAACAACAUUGAUAGUUAUGUCUACCCCCCUGUAGAACAAUUUACAUCAGAUACUUCUUAUAACAAGAAAGAGUUCAGUUCAGUUAAACACUCUAAUGGAAGUCUGGACCAAUUUUCCCUCAAAAGACAAGACUUUAUAAAACAAAUACCACUUCUUCCUUCUAUAGUUCAUGAACAGAAAUUUUCCAAAUCAUAUCCAGAAGAGAUAUUCAGAAGACAAAGAUCAAUUAAAUGUAAACAUCUUCAUAAGACUUUCAAAAAUUGCUUAUGGACUUUAUUUUACACAAAUGCUUCCCUUUUGGUCCUUGGGUUGAUCCUGCUGAUUCUAGCUUUAUCACACUUUUUAGCAAAGAAGUACAUCAGUAUUGUAACUGAAGAAACAGGAUUUGUAAUUUGGCUUUGGGUGAUAUUGAUACUUUCAGCUCUUAUUGUUAUUGUUGGAGUUUAUGGAAUAAUCACUUCAAUAAAUCCGAACAAAUGCAGGAUUGUUUCCUACUGCAUGGAAACAUUCAUUUUGGCAUUUAUGAUCAUCAUUUUCUUGGUGUUCCUACGGAUUUUAUUUGUUAACAUAAAGGGAGUUCAACAUAGUCUUAUGAGUAACACGUUAAAAAAAUAUAGAUGCAUCAAACACAUCAGGAAUGCAUGGAAUGAACUUCAAGAAAAUUUUAAAUGUUGCGGGAUUGAAGGAAAGGAAGAUUGGAAAUAUGCCCCGUCUUCAUGCUGCAAUGCUACAUCACAACAAGGGAAGACCAAGAGGAGGCAAGGCGACUCCUGCCAAACUGUGCAGUUCCGGACUGAGCGUGUGUGGGGAGGUCACGACUCCGGCCAAACUGUGCAGUUCCGGCCUCAAGGCUCGGCCUUCAGUCCGGGAUGGAACGUGUAUGAGCUACAGACUACACCUCGGAUUUUGCCGAAGUUUGGUAUGUACUAA